GGGAGGCUGAAUAAAUACUGUAUAAAAAUACUGAGAUGUUUAAUACAACGUAAUGUGGAGACAUAACUUGUCUUGACAUGUUGUUAAUUUUUUUCCCAUUCGAGCAUGAUAUCCUUCGAUAGGUGGCAGUAUAACCUAUAGAUCGGUUGUUUCCAGUCCCCAGCAGAAGAAGUAGAAGUACAGAUGAAAGCGCGGUGUUUACGGAUGAAAGUCGUGAAAUAAAACCGAUGGAUGUAUGUAGCUAGCUAGCAAAAUAAGAUGGCAUACAGUCAAAACAACUCGUUUAAUUCUAUCAAUAGCACCGAUUGUUCUCUAUCCAGCGUUAUACUGGGGAAAUUCAAGGACGUAAAUUUGGAUGAAAGUAUCAACUGCAGAAUUGAUUACAAAAGCACUUUAGUGUUAUUCUGUGCAAAAUGCAAUACAAUCCUGGGCGACUCUCUUGGAAUAUGUGGCGAAUAUGUUGACUUGAACUCUGUCAUCUGUUUAAAAGUCACAGAAGAUGUUUUGGUAAAAGGUGAUCAGAAGCCCAGCCUUGAGGGCCCUCUUGCUACUUGUAUAUACAAUUCUCUUCAGUGCUCUGGCUGUUUUUCAGUUGUGGGCGGAGCGCUGCUGGCAACCCCACCGCAUUUGUCAGCUUUACGCGAUGUUUUUCUCCUACAGAAAGACCGCAUUAAUUGUUAUAAUGUGAAGAACAGCACGAUGGUCAAUGGAUCUACUCUCAACUUUGAGCAAAAGUCGAUGGGAGGAGAGCUCUCCGAGCUCAAACAGGACCUGGAGAGUCAGAUGAAGAGACUGGAGCUCCUAAAGGAUUUGCUCUGCCGGGGAAAGUAACCAGGAGGAUCGGGUGCUGAAGUCACCAUCGCUGAACGAACAGUCCAACAGUCUUGAUGACCAUAUCCGACAUGUGGGUUUACUCAGAGAUGUUGUAGUGUUUAUAUUUACUUGUAGGCAUGUGGGAGUGUAUGUUUUAUCUUUGUUUACUCUGUAAUUACAUCUGCUCUAUUCUGUAGCUGCACACCUGAUAAUUUCACAUGGAUGACUAUUAAUAAAUUACAACAAAUAGGUC